UGCAUUCGAGAGGAACUUUGACAUGAGCUAUUUGGACAACAUAGAUACGGACCCGGAUUUUGAACCCCCGGAAAAGAAAAAAAUGAAAACAUGCGUAAGUCAAGAUUUAAGUAUGGCACUCGAUCGCGGUGGCAUUUCGAACGCGAAAGCAACAAUGAUUAUUGCGGCGACGGCUUCUAGUCUAGGCCAUCCGAUUGAAGAAUUGAAUCUCUCUGUUUCGACCAUUAGACGUGCUCGAAUGAAAAUUCGCAAAUGUGUUGCAAAUGAGAUGAAAGCAAGCUUCUCGUCAGACGAUUAUUGGGUUGUGCAUUGGGAUGGGAAGCUUUUACCGGAUUUGACCGACGGUGGAUCAGGCCAGUUAGUUGACCGUCUUCCCGUAAUUAUUUCUGGAAAAGUAACAGAACAGCUGCUUGGAGCACCCAAGAUAGAAACUGGAACUGGAGCAUCACAAGCAGAAGCCGUGUACAAGUGUUUAGUGGAUUGGGGUGUGCAAGACAAUGUGGUAGGAAUGUGCUUUGAUACUACAAGCUCGAAUACAGGACAUAAAUCCGGAGCAUGUACAUUGGUUGAACGAAAAUUAGGCAGACCUUUGAUGAACCUCGCAUGUCGCCAUCACGUAUUAGAACUCGUACUAAAAGCAGCAUUUGAAGAUCAAUUCGGUACAUCAACUAGCCCCCAAAUACCUAUGUUCGAGAAAUUCCGCCGGGAAUGGCAUGCACUUGACCACAAAAACAUUACGAUGGAACAGAUUUCCGCCCAGAUGAGUAACCUUACUCAAAUGAUGCAACAGUUAAUGGAACGGCAAGAUCAGCAACAACUGGCUAUUAACUCAUUAUCAUUGAACCAGCCAAACGUCGCUGCAACGCCGCAACAAAAUAGAGGAACGAUGGAAGACUUCUUUAAGCUUCCUGAUCCAAUUAAAGUCAUUCCAAAAUUCGAUGGUAGCCGAAAGCAGUUGACUGCUUGGCUCACAACGGUCGAAAACACUUUAGAAAUUUUAAACCCCUAG